AUGGACCCUUACGCGUCCCUUCCCCGCUACACAAACAACACCCCCUCCUUCCCUCAUUACCCGUCCCAUCCCGACCCUUCGCUCUCCCACACAGCCCACUCCCUUUCCCUCCACCAGCAGCAACAGCAACCUCACGACCUCUCUCUCUCCGCUUACCACUCUGCCUCCUCUGCCUCUCCCCCACCCCACCCACCAUCGUCAUCGUCCUCCUCUAAUGCCAACACCGUCCCCGUCGCUGCCUACCGUGCCCUCCAAACAUCCUCCCACGAGCACCACGACAUCGACAUCGCUGCCUCUCUCGGCCACCAGUCCGCCAUCCAGGCCUUUGCGCAGGACGCCGGGCGCGCAGGCGGGCUCUCGCGCCCGUUCACCCUCCAGGAGCAGGAACGCCUCGAACACCUCGACAGGCUCAAAUUUUUCCUCACCACCGCGCCCUCACACUGGUCCAGCUCCACCCCCGGCCCCAUCGUCCCCUCCAGCUCCAGCUCCAGCUCCGCCUCUGCCGCCCUCCUCCCCGACCCCGCCGCGGACGCCGACCCCAGCGCACCCCACCAUGCCGCGUCCCACCCCAACCUCAAGCGCUUCCUCCUCCCGAACCAGGAGCACGUCUCGUGCGUCCUCUGGAACGGCCUCUACCACAUCACCGGCACCGACAUCGUCCGCGCCCUCGUCUUCCGCUUCGAGGCCUUUGGCCGCCCCGUCAAGAACAUGAAAAAGUUCGAGGAGGGCGUUUUUAGCGACCUGCGCAACCUCAAGCCCGGCGUCGAUGCCUGCUUGGAGGAGCCCAAGUCGCCGUUCCUCGACCUUCUCUUCAAGUACCAGUGCAUCCGCACGCAGAAGAAACAAAAGGUCUUUUUCUGGUUCUCCGUCCCGCACGACCGCCUCUUCCUCGACGCCCUCGAGCGCGACCUCAAGCGCGAGAAGAUGGGCCUCGAGCCCACCACCCUCGUCACCGGCGAGCCCGCGCUCUCCUUCCGCUACGACGCCAAGCGCUCGCUCUACGAGCAGUUCUCGCGCGCGCACGGCCGCCAGCACCGCGCCCAGCGCCUCCCGCACCAGCACCACCAGCGGCACCCGUCCUCGACCUCCGCCUCUGCCUCGGCGUCCGCCUCCAUGUCCGACGCGGACGAGUACGAGUACGCCGCGCGCGGCCACCACGGCGGCGCCGGAGACUUGGACGCGGACGACGAGGGCGACGACAUGGGCAUCGGGAACAAGAUGGUCAGCACCGCGGACGCCAUCGUCGCGGACGCGUUCAACGCGGCCGAGGACGGCGCCGCGUCGGUCUCGACGGACUCGGACGGCGGGCGCGCGGAGCGCGCUGGGGUCCCCGGCGGGCCCAGCGCGGCGUUCCUCACCAUGUUCUCGCUCUUCGAGGGCUCGCCGAGCUACAAGCAGCGCAGGCGGCGGCAGCCAAAGGCCGCUGCCGCUGCCGCCACGUCUGCCACGGGCGCCACGGCUCGGCGCGCGGGGGACGAGGCCGGCGCUGGCUUGGGUGCUCAGGCGCGGCAGGGGAUGGGCUCCGCGAUGGGGAUGGGCUCCACGAUGGGGAUGGGGAUGGGAUCUGCGAUGGGGAUGGGGUCUGCGAUGGGGAUGGGGAUGGGGAUUGACGAGCGGCAGGUGGCGCCGAGCGUGGGGAUCAGCAUGGGCUUGGGGCUGAGCGCGCCGGAUAUGUUCCUCGCGCAGGCGCAGGCCGGGCCAGCGCGUGGGAGGAUGGGGGCCGCGUUUGGGACGCGCGUGCAGCAGCAGCAACAGCAACAUCAGCAGCAGCACAAUCAGUAUCAGCGACCCUCGCAUCAGGCUCAGCAACUCCAACAGCAUCAGCAGCACCGGACACAGCAGCACGUGCAACAGCAGCAGCAGCAACAGCAACAGCAACGGCAGCAACAGCAGCAGGUGCAGGGCCUCGGCGCGUUCGCGAAUGCCGCACCCCCGAUGUACGCGUCGCCCGCGCCGAGCCCCAUGUCGGCGAUGCACCACUCGCAAGCGCAGGCUCAGCAGACGCAGAGACAGAACUCGUUCCCGAUGUACGGCCCGAGUGGGAUGGCGGAGCUCGCGCCGGCCCCGAGACACUCUGCGACGCUCCCGUCCGGCGCGCUGCAGUACACGCUCGCCGACCCGUCCGUCUCCGUCUCCGUCUCCGCCUCCGCUUCCGCCUCGCCCGCUUUGACCUCCACUUCCACCUCCACCAUGGCCUCGGCCUCCGCCACGGCAUCCACGUCCACGUCCAUGCCCACGUCCAUCGGCAGCGGCGGCGGCGCGCAGACGAUCAAGGCGUUCGCGUGCCCGCUUUUCUCGUGCGGGCGGCUGUUCAAGCGCAUGGAGCACCUCAAGCGGCACGUGCGCACGCACACGAUGGAGCGCCCGUUCGUGUGCCCGCGCUGCAGGAAGCGCUUCUCGCGCUCGGAUAACCUCAGCCAGCACAUGCGCAUCCACGCGCGCGCGGACGCGGAGGCGGGCGGCGCGGCGGGCGGCCAGGCUGCCAACGUGCGGAUGGACGGCGGCCACGGGGGCGGCGGGGGCAACCUACAUCACGGCGGCGGCGGCGGCGGCGGGUUUGAGGAGGACGCGGACGUGGAGAGCGAGGAGGUGGACGAGCUUGAUGUGGAGGAGGGCGAGAUUACGGACUUUGUGCCUGGUAGCAUGCAGUUUGGAGAGAUGAGCGCUGGCAUGGCGCAGAUGGUCGAGGUCGAGGUCGCGGAGCACCAGCACCAGCAUCAGCAGCACCAGCACCAACACCAACACCAGCAGCAGCACUCCCAGAUGGACGUUGGCGACGGCCAGGACGCGUAUUACCCCGGCGCGCUCGGAUUCGCGACGUCUGCGUCCGAGAACCUCAACGUCGGCUACGGCGCCCAGCAGCAGCAGCAGCAGCAGCAAGACAGCACCGCGCACUGGGUGCUGCACCCCGCGCCGCACCCACACCCGCACGCGACCGCGAGCCCCGCGUUCUCCAACGUCAGCAUGCCCUCGCCCGAGUCGCGCAGCGUCCCGCCGCGCAUCACCAGCAGCGGCGCCUUCGCGCACGCGCGCACGCAGGCCUCCGCCUCCGCGGCCUCCUCCUCGCCGUACCACGACGCCCAGGGCGCGUUCGCCGGCGCCGCGCUCACCUCGCUCUCCGCGCCGUCGCACAAGUCCGCGUUCGACCACGCCGCGCUGUACCCGCCCGGGAUGGACGGCGGCGCGGGCGCGGUCCGGCGCUUCCGCAGCGCGACGCCCAACGCGCCGCGCAACCCCGAGCAGAUCCGCCGGCCGCUGACGUCCAUGUCGUCCGAGCACGGCGGCGCGAGCCCCGUGCGCCGCACGUACCACCCGUAUGCGCUGCACGCGCACGCCCACGCGCAUAGCCGGAGCCAGGCGAGCUCGACGCGGUCGAGUCCGGCGGGGUACACGGUGCCGCUUAUGGACUAUGCGCCGAUGCAUCAGCAGCAGCAGCAGCAGCAGGACCAGCAGCAGGGCGCGCUGCUCGGGUUCGACGCGCUCGCGGGGAACGCGAUGCCGUCGGGCUUUGCGGCGCAGGCGUACGAGGGCAUGUACAUCGCGGACUCGCCGUCGUCGUAUGGCGCCGAGGCCGGUGCGGGUGCGGGCGCGGGCGACGUCGUGCCAUCGGGGAUGGCGGGCUACGCGCACGCGCCGCCGCCGAGUGAUCAGGAGGCCGCGUACGCGUACGGAGACGCCUACUACGGGAUGGUCGGGCAGGGCGAGACGCAGCAGGUCUCCAUCAUCCUCGUCGCCUGCCCCAUCGCAUCGGCAUCGGCAUCGUCGUCGUCGUCAUCAUCAUCUGAUCCGCCACGACCCACGAAAGAGUACCCUAAUUCCUGGGAUGGACGUCCCUCUAAUGGCCCGCUUUUUUACUCUAGAAUCGAUAAUCGUGACCCUCCGCUCGUGCUCUGGCGUCAGGACGAGGAGGAAUGAUCAGCCUACUGUAAUGUGUGUAUCUCGCGAGCAUCACGCGCGGCCGGCGCUGCGUGUUGUAUCCGGCGCCGGAGUCGAUCCUUUUUCGUUCCCUGACUGUGUCCGAUCCGGUUUUUUCCCUCCCAUCGAUCGUGUAUACCAUACCCUCCCACGCACUUUUAAUAACCUGUCCACUCCGUUCCAUUUCGUUGCAAUCCAUUGCUGUUUACUUCUUUGCUCCGGCUUCCGCCUUCUUUCUCGUUUCUCUUCUCUCUUUCUCUCUUUCACUAUCCCCGCCCGCCGCUAUUAUCGCCCGCCUCUUGGCUCCGCUCGUCGUGUUCUAUCAAGCCCUCGCCCUCCCAACCCGUAUUCGCUCUGCUAUUCCCGCGCGCUCGGUCGCGACCCUCGUCCGUCUUCUUCCCAUCAUCGUGAUGACCUGAAUCUCGUCGAACCCGACCACGCCGUGCCACGUACAU